ACUAUUUCCACCAUCCAUUCUCGACCCCCAGAUCUACGUCCAGAAGAGAUCAGUAUCCAGACAUCGUCUUAGGUCACCUAAAUGGGCAGCCGGAAUUUGUUGGUAUCAUUCGAAUUAUGGUGAGAAAGCACGUCGUUGCACAAAACCGUGCAACUUCACGACAAACAAGCUAGACCAUCAGGGAAACGAAGUGGCCAGACAGUAAUGGCGGCAGCUGUUAUUGGCCAACAUGUUAGUCGCCUCUUCCACAUCAGGGAUCGUAUUUCUGGCUCAGACUUUUUAGUUGAUACUGGAGCAGAAAUCAGCAUCAUCCCACUCCAUCUCUCACGCAGACAACAUACGACAAGCACUAAAUUGUCCUUAGUAGCGGCUAAUGAAUCAACUAUCAAAACGUACGGUGAGCAAGCACUUAUAUUGGAUCUCGGACUCCGCAGAGGAUUUACAUGGGUUUUCAUAGUUGCUCACGUCAAACGACCCAUCCUCGGAGCCGAUUUCCUUAGUGCGUACAACUUGUUAGUAGAUAUGACUAAGAAGAGAUUGAUCGAUGCAAAUACACGUUUACAGGUAGAUGGUACACCUUCCAACGACUGUGAAAUCCAUGGUGUACGAAUAAUGAAGCCUGCGAACAACGUUUUCAACGACAUUCUGUCAGAAUACGAAUGCAUCACGAAAUCAGAUUAUCAAAAGGAAUGUAAUCCACAUCAGGUGCAACACCACAUCAUUACCACCGGUCCACCUAUUAGCGCCAGGGCGAGGAGACUACCGCCAAGCAAGUUGCAAGUAGCUAAAAAAGAAUUCGAACAUAUGAUGCAACUUGGUAUUAUCAGACCAUCCAACAGCCCUUGGGCCUCGCCGUUACACAUGGUACCAAAGAAAGACCAAGAUUGGCAUCCGUGUGGUGACUAUCGCCGUCUCAAUAAUCAAACCAUCCCUGAUAGGUACCCUAUCCCUCAUAUACAUGACUUCUCGUUAAAUUUACAUGGCAAAUGCAUCCUCUCGAAACUUGACCUCGUUCGCGCACACCAUAAAAUUCCAAUGGCACCAGAAGACAUCGAGAAAACAGCCAUAAUAACACCUUUUGGUUUGUUUGAGUUUCUAAGGAUGCCAUUCGGACUAAAAAACGCUGCGCAGACAUUCCAACGCUUCAUGGAUAACGUAACAAGAGGCCUUGAUUUCGUGUUUGCCUACAUCGACGAUGUUCUGAUUGCAAGCUCAUCUUUAGAAGAGCAUAUCCAACAUGUCCAGAUCCUUUUUGAUCGUUUUAAAAAACAUGGCGUCGUCAUCAAUCCUUCGAAAUGCAUAUUCGCAGUCCCAGCCUUAGAGUUUUUGGGACAUUACAUCGACUCACAAGGGAUCAAACCACUUCAGACGAAAGUUGAAGAUAUUAUUAACUACUCCGAACCAACCUCGGUGAAGUCAUUACGACGCUUCCUCGGUAUGUGUAAUUUGUAUCGCCGCUUCUUACCACGUUGUGCUGAAGUAUUACAGCCAUUAACCGGUCUGCUGAAAGCCGACAAAAAAGGUACGAAGAGAGAGAAGAGCCAGACAUUCAACCUACCCCCUGACGCAAAAACAGCAUUCGGAAAAGCAAAGUCGAUGGUAUCCAAUGCCACCAUGCUACAACAUCUAAAUACUGACCCCACAACACACUUAAUUUUGUGUACGGACGCAUCUCAAAAGGCCGUCGGGGCAGUAUUACAACAACAGGUAAACAACAUGACUACUCCCAUAGCGUUUUUCUCCAAAAGACUGUCACCAGCCCAGGAACGUUAUAGUACUUUUGGACGCGAACUCUUAGCUAUGUAUUUAGCAGUAAAACAUUUCAACUUUUUGCUACAGGGUCGUAAUUUCAUCAUUAUGACAGAUCACAAACCCCUUUGCCAUUCUUUUAGCACAUCGUAUGACAAACACUCUCCACGAGAAGCAAGACAACUUGAUUAUAUUUCCCAAUUUACUACGGAUAUCAGGUUUAUCAAAGGUCACACAAACAUUGUCGCAGAUGCACUAUCUAAGAGGGAUAUCAAUACGAUGGUACUCAAUCAUGACAUCAGCCUUGAAACCUUGGCUAAACUUCAAGUAGACGAUGCAGAAUUGAAAGUCUGCAAAGAAAAGUCUAGCUUAGAUCUCAAACCUGUACCAAUUCCUCUUUCAGAUGCAUUCAUCAUGUGCGACACUUCAACAGGCAACAAUCGUCCGUUUGUCCCACACGCUUGCCGACGAAAAAUAUUUCAGCACUUGCAUGGUCUUUCACAUCCAGGCAUCAGAGCAACAACAAAGCUCAUUACCGAACGUUUUGUGUGGCCUAAAAUCAACUCGGAUGUUAAACGAUGGACACGUAGCUGCCUCCAGUGCCAACGCAGUAAAACGCAGAAACACAUCUACAGUCCAAUUGGGAAGUUUCCUAUCCCUGACAGCACGUGCAUUUAGAUUUAGUUGGGCCUCUGCCACCAUCAAACUCUUUUACACAUAUCCUCACCGCAAUAGAUAGGUUCACAAGAUGGGCCAUAGCAUGCCCCAUUAAAGACACAUCGGCAGAGACAGUGGCUUCAGUUUUCCUCGACCGCUGGAUAUCCAACUUUGGCGUACCAUCAACAAUCACAACAGAUCGCGGUCCCCAAUUUCAAUCUGUCCUUUUUCAGGAGUUCACUAAACUUUUAGGGGUCAACCACAUUAAAACCACAGCUUAUCACCCAGCAGCUAAUGGCAUGGUUGAAAGAUUCCAUCGCCAAUUAAAAAGCUCACUGAUGGCGCAAGCUGACUCAUCAAAGUGGAGCGAUGCCUUACCGCUUGUACUCCUCGGUAUUCGUUCAACCAUAAAGGAAGACAUUGGAUGUACAGCCGCCGAGUUAGUCUAUGGUACAACUCUAACGUUACCUGGUCAACUAGUCAACUAUGAACCUACAACGCACGGGGAUUCUACUCAUUUCGCAAGUCGCCUAUUACAAACGAUGCAGAAUAUUAAAGCAAUAUCCCCUCGCGAACACAACAAUCGAGUCCAACUUGAUAAAAACCUUGAAACG